AUGCAGCUCUCACACACCUUCCUCAUCUUCCUCUUCCUCCUUUUCAUCGUCGGGAUUGCACUGGCCGGCUCGUCCACGGCUCGGAGAAGCAGAGUGAGACGUCAGAACAUGAAGGUGAGGAUCAAUGCUACAGGCGACACCAUCGUGAUGAAGUUUGUACGUCCGAACGCUGACACCAAGCUGGAGGGCUACAUCCUGGGCUACGGCAGCAGCAUGUUCUCUAAACAGUUCAUCCAACUCCCAGAGAACGGACUGCCCUACGAGACAGAGAUCGAUGCCGAGCCCAAGUACCUGAUCGCUGUCCAGCCCAUCCCAGUCAAUGAUGUGAAGAAACAGUGCACAGGCAACGUGAACCUGGAGAAGCCCCUCCACCUGGUGAUUGGGUCCGUGACCCCCACCUCCGUGCUGCUGUCCUGGGGAACCUUCCUCAAGACGCCUUACGAGGGGAACAUCAUGAACGACUGCCUGGAGGACGGGAAUUACACGGUGCGCUACCGUGAGAGGAACCGGAAGUGGACCUACCAGACAUGCCCCGCAAGCGACACGGUCAUUGACAGCCUUAAGUCCAACACGGCCUAUGAGUUUGGUGUCCGACCCAACAACAAGGAACGCAGCGGAGUGUGGAGCAAGCCAGUCAUCCACAACACCAACAUGAGUGGGAAGGCCGUGCAGAAACCCUACAAACAAAGGACCCCUCUGAAGCCUGUAAAAACGGUCAACAUGCCACAGGCCUUCUUCCCUCCUCGUCACGCUGUCCAUAACAGGAGCCAGGGCAGAAUCCUCUUCAGGACCCCUGUAGCUCCAAGGACCACCUUCGCGCCAACCUCGGCCAAUAGACAGCACUUCGUGUCCACUCCCCGACCCUCAAUGCCUCAGGUGCAGCACGAGCCAACUGGACGAGCAGAUCAGAUCAUAUCUGCCUCCUCUCCUUCUGUGGAUGUCUCCCAUGCCUCACCUGCCAUCCCCCUGCCCUCGCCCAACCUCUCCUUACUCUCCCCUCAGCUCCUACCCUCCCCCACCCUCCCCCAUGCCUCCCCCCAGCUCCUGACCUCCCCCAACCUUCCCCUGACUUCCCCAGCUGACCCUGUACUUAAUCCCAAUCGUAACGGACAGAGACACAGGCGACCGGCCCAGGCUAGGCCCCAACAGGCCAGGCCCCAACAGGCCAGACCCGGGCCUCAGGCCCAGCCCCAACAGCCUGCUAAGGUCACCCAGAAUCUACAGACCCCCACGGGUACCAGCUUCCUGAGACCUUUGACCCCUACCGAGCCUCGCUCUCCUAUACGCUCUGCCAUUGUCACGGCAGCCAGAAAUACAACGUUGCCUCGCAGUCGCGUCUCUCUCUACUCCACCCCUAACGGCAUCAGACCUCUCUCUCUACCCAGGGGCACCAACACCAACUCCUCCCUCACCUCCGACACACCAGGGGGCUCCACUGCAGUUCUGCAACCCUUUCUUCCUGUCAACAAGAGGCCCAACCUGGUGGGGAAAUCAGGGGACAAGGAUAAGCUGAUGGACCUGAAGCAGGGAGACAAAGCGUCCAUCUUAAAGUCCUUCCCUCUAGUCACGGCUAAGCCCACCAAACAAAAGACCACAACCCUCACCCCGGCCUUGAAUGCCACGGGUGACAACUCCUCUGUGUUCAGCUCUCUCCCUGCUUCGGAAGUGGACGCCAUGGGCAAGAAGCGCUUCGUAGCCCCUCAUGUGAUCUAUAAGACUGACAAGAAGCCAGACGAACCGUGUUCCAUAACAAAGUCCCUCAGCUUCUUCCCUGAGGAGGAGGGGGUGGAGCAGAACGUCACCGCACCCCCCCGCUUGCCCCCCUCCAACCUCACCGUGGUUACUGUAGAGGGAUGCCCCUCCUUCGUCAUCCUGGACUGGGAGAAGACCGACAACGACACCACAGAGUAUGAGGUCAUUUCAAGAACCCAUGGACCCAAUGGAGAAGAGGUGUCCAUCCUGACCACCAACCAGACUCACACUGCAGUGGAGAACCUAAAACCAGAGAACAGUUACGAGUUCAAAGUGAAACCCAAGAAUGAGCUUGGGGAAGGGCCUGCCAGCGAGCCAGUGUUGUUCAACACAGAGUCAGCGGACCCUCGGGUGAGUGAGAAUGUCUCAGGUAAAGAUGCUAUCUGGACACAGUUCCCCUUCAAGGCAGAUUCCUACUCGGAGUGUAACGGGAAGCAGUAUGUGAAGAGGACCUGGUACCGCAAGUUUGUGGGCAUUCAGCUGUGCAACUCCCUUAGAUACAAGAUCUACAUGAGCGACUCGCUCACCGGCAAGUUCUACAACAUCGGGGACCAAACUGGUCAUGGGGAGGACCACUGCCAGUUUGUAGAUUCUUUCCUGGACGGACAAACAGGCAGCCAGCUGUUGGCCGACCAACUACCCAGCCGAUCAGGCUUCUACCGGGCUAUGCGCCAGGAACCGGUCAACUUCGGCGAGAUCGGAGGGAACUCGCACGCCACCUACGUUGGCUGGUACGAGUGCGGAACACCCAUACCUGGGAAAUGGUAA